UGCAAUGGCGGAGGCAAGCAGCAGUAACAUCGGAGGUUCCCACACUGGGUGGGUGACAUUCAAUGACGAGCCACUGCACACAGGCAAUCACAGCAGCAUGCGAGUGGCUGGUAAAACUCAGCCCUUAGCUGAUUCCCAUUGGGAAAUCUCUGUCGCUGGCCCAGUGAUGCAGCACAGUAGCUGGGUCCAGUUUGAUGAGAAACCCUGGACCUCAUCUUCUCCUCCUCAUCAUCCUCCUCUUCCUCACCCACCAUCACAGGUGAAAGAUUCAUCCGUCUGCCUAGAGGAUGAAGGAAUAAACAUGGACAUACUCAACUGUACAUCCAAUGUAGCACAUACCAAUCGCCAAUCAAUCACCAGCACCAGCCGUUUUGCCAGCUGGGUCACUUUUGAUAAUAAGGACGAGGUUGAAGAGCAAGUUUGUAAGCAUAGCCCCAAACUCUUCAAUAUUAGAACUGGUACCCUGAACAGUUAUCAUUUGCAGGACACUGACAGCAAUUUGAUUGUGUCGUCCAUCCAAAACCAGAGAGCAGACAGACCUAUUCUGGAUUUAACCCCAGAUGGGAUUUAUUCUGUGUUCGUCCUUGAAAGUCCCCUGUUAAACAGCAGCACUCCUUACACCAAGAACAAUCCAUUUCUGCAUGAGGAUUUUUCAAACAUCCAGCCCUCUCCUAUUAACCCGUCCUGUGCGUAUUUUAAUAAAAGUGCAGUGACCUCAUCUAACAACUAUGAAACCCAGGAAACACCUCUUGCCUUAUUGUUUGAUUACCCUGUCCCUAAUCUUGACACCCACUCUUUCCUUUUCCUUUCAACUACAGGGAAUUGUGGGAGUUAUGGAGGUACUUACACCUCAGGUAUUUCUGAAAGUCUGGAUCAGUUAAAAAACAUGCAGAUCUUUGACACUAACCAGGAACCUUCUCAGUCAGACUACACUAUGGAUGCCAGGGAUGACGAAGAAACCCUGUUUAAACCAGCUCACAUGGCUCCUCAAGAUGGCUGGCCCAUGCUCCUGCGCAUUCCAGAGAAGAAGAACAUCAUGUCCUCUCGGCACUGGAGGCCGAUCUUUGUAAGACUCAGUGAUGCUGGUCAGCUAAGGCUCUACUAUGAGAAAGGCCUGGAGAACCACUUUAAGGAGAUUCACCUCAGUGGCCAAGUCGAGAUUUCUGAACACAAAAUGCAGCACUAUGAAGAGAACAGCCGUGUUCAUACUCUCAGCCUGGACCAGGUGGUAUACAAGGAGAAGCGUAAGAUUCAGCCAAAAAUCACAGUGGUUCAUCUGCCUGUCAAGGAGCAACUGUUGAAGCUUGGGACCACAGACUACCAGGAUUUUCUAAGCUUUAGGUAUGCUUUGCAGGAAAAGCUGGCAGUGUUGUCUGCAGAUUUGGAUGUCGUCAACUCAUCUUUGCCUUACUUUGAAGAGGAGAUUCAGGUUGAAGUUGUUGAUAGCUUUUAUGGGGUUCUGUCCAAAACAGACAACCGUAUUUUAAAAUAUUCGGUAAUGACACGGGUUACUAUGCUUGCCUUUUUAAUGGGCUCACCCCCCUGUAGCAUAGGCCUCAAUGACGAAAUGGUGAAAGGUAAAGAGGUGGUGUCCCGGCAUGACAUAAUCCCCAACACUACCACACACUGGAUCUGUCUGUGGAAUUGUAGACUGCACGAGUGCGCAAACAAGUCAGAGUUUACAGAGUCCAGGACUAUCUCCUUUAAGCCCCCAUCAGGACAAAGAUUUGAGCUUCUGUGUUUUCGGACAACAUAUGCUGAGAAGACUCUGCCCUUUACCCUGACAACGGUUAUCAGCAUUAAAGGUCCCGAGGUAGAGCUACAGUCCUGGCUAGUGAUGUCAACGGGGUUCUCAUCCAAUAGAGACCCUUUAACACCAAUUCCAUGUGAAAACGUGGCAAUCCGUUACCCUAUUCCUGAAACAUGGACAAAGAACUUCUGCAGAAGUGUGACAGGAGAAAAGUCUUUAAAGGCACGCUUUAAUAAAGGAGCCAGCUUUGGUUUAGCUAGCACCUCAGAGUCAGAACCGGCUAUGUGGGUUACCCUUGGCACAGCAAAGUACGAAAAAGCCUUCAGAUCUGUGGUGUGGAGAAUAAGUCGCCUGCCAGACAAAAACUCAGCACUGGGUCACCCUCACACCUUUUUCUGCCGUUUGGAGCUUGGAUCUGACCGUGAGGUUCCACACAACUUCCAGAGCUUGUUGGAGGUGGAGUUCGACAUGCCUGCUGCUUCAGCCUCAAAGACCACCGUCCGCUCUCUGUCUGUCCAAGACAGGGCCGAGCUGAGGAAGUGGGUCACUUACAAAGCACACUACUCCUACCAGGUGGAGAUAACACAGAAGAACAAGAGGACAGCAGCGAACCUGGAGCAGGCGGGGCCCUGCACUCAGCAGUGAUGAGGGAACUCCCCACUUUCUUUAUGUUAUU